AUUACACGACUCAAAACGAAAAGAGCCAUAUGGUCGAUUCCAAAAAUACAGACGAAAGAAACAGUUGUAUAUAAAUACUCGACGCAUGUUUGGAUUGUUAUGGAACGCUUAUCUGUAGAGAAGUGUUCCUCUGGAGGCAUUAUGUCAGAACAUGAUAGUUGGGAGCUUCCUUUUUAUAGUCCUUCUAGUAUAGAAGAAGAAAAGUUUCCCUUGUUAUACGAGCUGGUAGAACAUAACUGGGAAGAUAUGAAGGAAAUAGAAACUAAAGAUAGAGUUUGGUCUGAAACUUCACAAGCAGAAAAUUCGGGUCCGCAACGUACACAACCCAGGCAUGAGGGAAUCAAAAGGAGAAAACAGAAUAAGGCUAACUUGCCAUCGGAUAGUACUGGUAGCUUUCAUACAGUUUCGAUAUCUGAAACGAAUGAUUUGCAUCGUUUCUCCUAUGCUCGUUCAAAUGUCACAAAUGAAGCUAUAUAUUCUGAUACUUCCAUCACCAGUGCUCCCGCAGUGUGCAUGACUUCAAGAAUUCAAGUUUCACAGGUAGACGAAAUUUUAGAAACUGUUGGACAACCUCCUAUUUUUAAUUCAUCAGCUGGAAAGUCAGAAGAAGAACUGAGAGAGCAAAGAAAGCAACAUUUGAAGGCUCUAAAGAGUUUGACACCAGAGCAACGUACUCUCAGACGUAUUUUGAGGAAUCGCAAGUCUGCUGCGAAUGCAAGGAAAAGACACAUAGAACGCUUGCAACAACUUGAAAGGGAAAAUGAAGAAUUAAAGUGUAAAAUUGGUCAGUUGGAAGAGAAACUACGAGAAUAUGAGAAAAGAGGUUGAGACCAUUCCUUUUUUGUUGUCUAUUUGUACAUAAGCAUUCUUGGUUAUAUCAAAAUUAAUCAUAUUCUAAUAGAAAGGAAUUUUCCUUCUUUUUUCUGUACAAUAAAUGUUGUUUAUUAUCA